AUGAGCCUCUUACGGAGAGCAAUAGAAAUUGUGCUGCCACCAAUUACCAUAAAAACAGAGCCCCUGUCUGAUGCCACUGAGAACUGUGAUCCACUUUCCCAUACAAGUGACCCGCCAAAUAAUGGCACUGAAGAGGAUGAUGUGCAAUGUGCAGCUGGGGACAAAGGAUGGAAAGGAACGAUAGAGACAAGCACACAUCAUCGUGGGUUACCAACCAGCCCGAUCUCACACUUUACUGAGGAGGUGUUCACUGUAGAUACCGCUGCACUGCAACGUGGAGCUGAAAGUGACGCGGCGAAUCUCCGAUUGUGGUCUCCAAAUGGCCUGUUCCCAAAGUUCUCAUCAUAUGUUCAGCCCCUUCUGCAUGGUGCCUCGAUGAUAGAACAAAGGCACAGGGCUCUCUCCUGCGCUCUGCGCGAUGAAAUCAUCCAGUUCCUAAAUGAACACAAGCUCAUCCAGCACACGAACACGUCAGUCAUGCGCUGGGAGUACUGCGCGCUGGGGCGUUCCUUGGCUGCACGGUACCCUAACAUGGUGUGGGACCACCCCAAGCCUGGCACGCGGCUGCCUUACAGACAGAAGAAUGCUUGGAGUGUCUUCAUAAGACGCCUCACCGCAUCCAGAAAGGCACUGAAGUGGAGGAGGAAGAUGAAGCUUAUGAAUUCAUUUAGGAUUCCCCAAGGAUCUACAUCUACAUCUGCAAUUAGGACUCCGACUACCACUGCUUCCUAGGCUGUUAAACUACUGCAUAUGAGCAAGUGUUCAAAGUGAUACAGUGAUGCCUGUAUACAGUGUUUAAAGACAUUUGCAGAACUAUACAGUAGAAAGAACAGAAGCCUCCUCUAUCCCUGCAAGUAUUAAAAAUGUUCCUGUAUAAUUUUCUGAGUGCGCUAUGCCCAGUAGGCUGCAUAUGACAUAUCAGUUUCUC